AAAAGCAAGCAAGCAAAGCAUACCUACUACUACUAAAAGACCAUGAGCAUCCAUGAACAAUGAUCCAUGACUAUGUUGAGUCAAACCAACACAAUGUACUUACUACUUCCCUUUUACAGUAACAGUAAACCAGGUUGAGUUCCUGGAAGCACCCUCCUAGUACUGUGUUGUGGAUUGAUUAGACAGAAAGAAAGAGAGAGAGAGAGAGUAAGAAAAAAGAACAUGAUCUCUUGUCUUGUCACCAGCAACUACCUCAAUCCACCAAUCCCAUGGUCAAAAGUUAACUCCAAAAUCUUUCACCCUUUUCUUUCAUCUUCAUCUUCAACCUCACAAAUCUCAAACCCACCAACCAAUCUUCAUUCUCUUCUCAAUUCUCACCACCAUACUCAAUGAACACCAUCAUAAUCAUAGUCAUCAACCUCUUCACCAUCAUCUCCUCUGUUUCUGCUGCCACAUGUCCCCUGAACUUCACUGUCCUCACCGCCAUCAGCGGCGGCGCCAGACCCCAAUACUUCGACUCCUCCGGCGGCGCAACCCGCUGCCAGUUCAUCCACCAAGCUCUCCGCCUCGUCCAGUCAGACUACCUCCGCCGCACCUCCUCCUUCGUCCCUCCCCUGAACUCCUCUGAAUCAUGCUGGAGCUCGUUUCAAUCCUACACCAACACCUUCGACCGCAACUUCGACAUUCGCUCCUCCUGCGGCUACCAAACCUCUUGGAUCUCUCAGGGUUGCGUCAAUGUCACCACCAAGGAGCAAUUCGAAACCCUAGUCCCUCAAUCUUCGCUUCAAAACAUGGCAGAAAAGUGCAACCAGACACUGGAAAACAACGCACCCUGCGCACUCUGCACCACCACUUUGUCGAAGUUACCAUCUCUAGGCCAAUCCAUCGGGAACCUCUCCGAUUGCACCGGUUAUCCUUCCAUCUACGCCGCCGCUUUUUCCAACCAGUUUGGACCCUCUGACCCCGGCACUGCCAAGUGCUUGUUUCAGCUCGAUUUCACUUCUGGGGGUUCUUCUUCUGGGAAGAAAAGAGUCAUUGUUAUUGUUGUUGUUUCUGUUGUCUCUGUUUUGGUUUUGUCCCUUUUGGGUGUUGGGUUCUGGGCUUGGUUGAAAUUCAAUGAUAAGGUGAAUGAAGAUAAGGAUGUUAAUCUUUCCGAGACCGGUUUGGUUUCGAGGUUGGAGUCUAUGGAUCAGAGUACUACUCUGAUCAGGUUCUCAAUUGAUGAUGUUAAGAAAGCUACUAAGAAUUUCCAUAGAGAUAAUAUAAUUGGGAGAGGGGGUUAUGGGAAUGUGUAUAAAGGGUUGCUUCCUGAUGGCUCCGAAGUUGCGUUGAAGCGGUUUAAGAAUUGUUCUGCUGCUGGUGAUGCUAGCUUCACUCAUGAGGUUGAGGUUAUAGCCAGCAUUAGGCAUGUGAACCUUGUUGCUUUGAGAGGCUAUUGUUCCGCCACCACUCGUAUGGAAGGUUACCAGAGGAUUAUUGUUUGUGAUUUGAUGAAAAAUGGGAGCCUUCAUGAUUACUUGUUUGGUUCAAUGGGGGUGAAACUAAGCUGGCCAACGCGACAGAGGAUCGCGCUUGGCACAGCUAGGGGAUUGGCUUAUUUGCACUAUGGGGCUCAGCCUGCAAUCAUCCAUAGGGAUAUUAAAGCAAGUAACAUUCUUCUGGAUGAGAAGUUUGAAGCUAAAGUUGCUGACUUUGGACUAGCAAAGUUCAACCCUGAGGGUAUGACUCAUAUGAGCACAAGGGUUGCUGGGACUAUGGGGUAUGUUGCUCCUGAGUAUGCUUUGUAUGGACAAUUAACAGAGAGAAGUGAUGUGUUUAGUUUUGGUGUUGUGCUUCUUGAGCUUUUGAGUGGAAAAAAGGCUCUUCAAAUGAGUGAUGAUGGCCAGCCUUCUGCUUUGACUGAUUGGGCUUGGUCAUUGGUUAGAACAGGUAAACAUCUGGAUGUUAUUGAGGAUGGCAUGCCAGAAUGUGGUUCACCUGAACUUCUUGAGAAGUAUGUUUUGAUUGCUGUGCUUUGUUCUCAUCCUCAGCUGUAUGCUAGGCCAACAAUGGAUCAAGUUGUGAAAAUGAUGGAGACUGAUGAAUCAGUGCCCUCGAUUCCACAACGGCCAAUCCCUCUUGUAGCUGGGAGGCUUGAUAUAGAGAGAUCUGUGAGCAGUAGCGGCUCUCUCUCGAGUCCCACCGGUUAUCAGUCAUAUACUUUAGGAGAUGGACUCCAUUCUUCUAAUUCUAGGGAAGAAAGAAACUCAAGCUCCAGAAUUUUGAGUACAGAUGAGAGUUGAGGUUUGCAUUGUAUUGUCUUCCACUGGCUAGUGUCAGUAUAAGUUGUUUAUACAUUUAGUUUAGUUUAGAUUAUAGAUUGUUAUGUUUCUUGAAGCAUCUUACAAAGCCAUAUAAAUGUAAAAUUUUUGAUAUUUAUUUAUUUUUGGUGUUUACUUAGAGGAAGGAGAGUAUGAUCAAGUUUUGCUGAAUUCAGAUUCAAAUAUUUAUAUUAGAUCCCAUCUUUCAAUUUGUUUUAA